UGACCGGAAACAGGGCCAGACCAAGAUGGCUGCGGGGAAGGCGGCCGGAAGUGCGGCCGCCGGCUGUAGCUGUUGCUUUGAAGCUAUGGAGCGGGUUCUACCGAUGUUGUUGGUGCCGGUGCCCGCCGACGCAAGCGGGCGCCUGGGAUCCCGGGCGAAGUUGCACAAAGAACAGGAGGUUCUGGGGAGUCUGACGGCUGCAGGCAGCCUUCAGGUGCUUUCCUUGGCUCCGGGCGCCCGGGGCCGCGGUGGCUGCUGCCUGGACGGCCCGUUUCGGCACUUUGUAUGGGAGGAUUCUCAUAACAGCACACCAGCAGACAAGCCCAGACUGCUCGCUGUUAGUGAAAAUUAUGAACUGCUCAUAUAUGAAUUUAAUUUGAAAGAUGGAAGAUGUGAUGCAACCGUUCAGUGGAGCUGUAGUGAGGAGACAUUACAAAAGCUUAUUGAAGAUCACAAUAUCAGUACUUCCAUAUUAUUUUUGAAAAUUCUGUCAUUUCAAAAUAACACAUCCUUGCUAUUCAUCAACAAAUGUAUCAUCCUACACCUUAUAUUUCCUGAAAGAGAUGCUGAAAUUAGAGUACUCAACUGUUUCACAUUACCCUUGCCUGCACAGGCAGUGGAUAGGAUUAUUGACACGCAGCUCUGCAGAGGAAUUCUUUUUGUUUUGAGUAGUUUGGGCUGGAUCUAUAUUUUUGACAUCGUGGAUGGUACACAUGUAGCUCAUGUGGAUUUAGCACUUCACCAAGAAGAUAUGUGUAAUGAGCAGCAACAGGAGCCAGCCAAGAUUUCUUCCUUUUCUUCGCUGAAAGUAUCUCAAGAUCUAGAUGUUGCAGUGAUUGUCAGCUCCUCCAACUCUGCAGUUGCUCUUAACUUAAACUUGUAUUUCAGGCAAUACCCAGGACACCUACUACGUGAAAGAACUCCAGAAGACCUUCCUGUUGAAGUACCCAAGGGGAUAGAUGAAGAUGAUCCUAUUAAUUCUGACUACAACAUGAAACUGACCAACUUUUCCUUCCAAGUUGAUAGGUCUUGGAAAGCCCAGUUAUCAUCAUUGGAUGAAACUCUAAAGAACUCCAAACUGGAGGUUUCCCAUGGCAUUCCAUGGUUUCAGGAUAUUUUGCAUGUGGAGUCCCCAGAUUCUGGUAACAACAGAACUAGUAUGCCAGGCUGGACCUCCACUCCCCAGGAUGUAAUGCACAGCCAGUAUAAUUUUACACAGAAAUACCAUACCAAGACCAGUGAUCCUGGAAGAUCAUGGAAGAUCAUGCACAUCAAUGAACAAGAGGAACCCAUCAAGCUUAAAUGUCUGUCUGUGACAGGAUUCACUGCUCUGUUUACUUGGGCAGUGGAAAGUACGGGUUGCACCAUUGUCCUUUGGGAUUUGGAGACCCAGGCCAUGCAGUGUUUUCCUCUUGGCAAAAAGUGUAUUCCUGUAGACAGCAGUGGAGACCAACAACUGUGCCUUGUUUUGACAGAAAAUGGACUUUCUCUGAUUUUGUUUGGUUUGACUCAAGAGGAAUUUUUAAAUAGACUGAUGAUACAUGGAAGCGCCAGCACUGUGGACUCUCUUUGCCGUCUCAACGGUUGGGGUAGAUGCUCCAUCCCCAUACAUGCGCUAGAGGCUGGAUUAGAAAAUCGUCAGCUGGACACAGUAGAUUUCUUUUUGAAAAGCAAGGAAAAUCUUUUGAAUCCAUCCUCAAAAUCUUCUGAAACUGAAGAGUUUGAUCACUUUCCAUCCCAUUUAUAUUUAAGAAAUGUAGAAGAGCUGACACCUGCAUUGGAUUUACUUUGCUCAGCAAUUAGAGAAAGUGAUUCUGAAACCCAAAGCAAACACUUUUCUGAACAAUUGCUUAAUCUUACACUGUCCUUCCUGAACAAACAAAUAAAGGAACUUUUUAUUCACAAUAAAGAGCUAGAUGAAUAUCUACAGAAAGGAGUGAACAUUUUGACCAAAUACAUUAAUGAACUUCGAACCUUCAUGAUAAAGUUUCCUUGGAAGUUAACAGAUGCUGUAGAGGAACAUGUUGUAAAUGAAGAUGUCCCCAAAGUAAAGGAGAGCAAUGUAUGGGAGAAACUCAGCAUUGAGGAGGUUAUUGCCAAUGCCGUUUUAAACAACAAAAUACCAGAGGCACAAACUUUUUUCAGGAUUAACAAUCAUUCUGCUCAAAAUCUUGAGGAACUGAUUAGAAUUGGCCUAGAUUUGGUCUUUGACAAUUUAAAGAAGAACAAUAUAAUGGAAGCCUCUGAGCUUUUGAAGAAUAUGGGCUUUGAUGUAAAAGAGCAAUUGCUCAAGAUAUGCUUCUAUACAACUGAUAAAAAUAUACGGGACUUUUUGGUUGAAAUCUUAAAAGAAAAAAAUUACCUUUCUGAAAAAGAAAACAGAACUAUAGACAUGGUGCAUCAAGUUGAGAAGUUUUAUUCGGGACAGGUCCAAGAAAAUUUGCAGAUCCAGUCCUUUCCCAGGUUUUGGUUAAAGGAAGAAGAGUUUUUCAAGCAUAAAUCUGUUUUGGAUUCAUUCCUGAAGUAUGACCAUAAAGAGAAACUUAACCAACAGGAACACAGAAUUGUGUUAAAUUGGGCGCAGUGGUGGAAUCCACAAACACAAGAAUCCAUCCUGCUCUCUAAGACAAGUCCAGAAGAAUACAAAUCAUAUUCCCCUGAAGCCCUCUGGAGAUACCUCACAGCUCGCCAUGAUUGGUUAAACAUUGUCUUGUGGAUUGGGGAAUUUCAGACCCAGAAUAGUUAUGCUUCACUUCAGCAGAACAAGUGGCCCCCUCUAACUGUUGAGGUUAUUGAUCAUAAUACUUGCUGCAACAACUACAUGAAGAAUGAAAUUUUAGAUAAACUGGCCAGGAAUGGGAUUUUUCUUACAUCUGAACUUGAAGACUUCGAACUCUUUCUCUUAAGACUGAACCGUAUUGGGGGUGUGAUGCAAGAUACUCUCCCUAUUCAAAAUUACAGGUCCAAAGAAGGUUGGGAUUUCCAUUCUCACUUCAUUCUCUAUUGUUUGGAAAACAGUCUGCAGUAUCUUCUUUAUGUCUAUCUCAACUAUUACAAACUUAGUCCUCCAAAUUGUCCCUUUUUGGAAAAAAAAGAACUACAUGAAGCUCACCCUUGGUUUGAAUUUUUAGUUCAGUGUCGACAAGUUUCCAGAAAUUUAACAGAUCCCAAACUAAUCUUGCAGGCCAGCCUUGCAAAUGCUCAGAUACUGAUUCCCAGCAGUCAGACCAGUGUAAGCAGUAUGCUGUUGGAAGGACAUACCCUUCUGGCUCUUGCUACCACAAUGUAUGCUCCUGGGGGAGUCAGCCAGGUUGUUCAGAAUGAAGAAAAUGAGAACUGCUUGAAGAAAGUGGAUCCCCAGCUUCUGAAGAUGGCAUUAACUCCUUACCCCAAGCUAAAAACUGCUCUCUUCCCACAGUACACUGUUCCUAGUGUCCUGCCACCAGAUAUUACACUCUACCAUCUUAUUCAGUCAUUAUUGCCCUUUGAUCCUAGCAGAUUGUUUGGCUGGCAGUCUGCCAACACACUAGCUAUAGGAGAUGCAGCAAGUCAUCUCCCACAUUUUUCUAGCCCUGACCUGGUUAAUAAAUACGCUAUAAUAGAACGUCUGAAUUUUGCUUAUUAUUUGCAUCAUGGACGGCCAUCAUUUGCAUUUGGUACUUUUCUGGUCCAAGAAUUAACCAAGAGCAAGACUCCCAAGCAACUGAUCCAGCAAGUAGGCAAUGAAGCCUAUGUUUUAGGACUCUCCUCCUUCCACAUAUCUUCAAUAGCAGCUGCCUGUGUUUGUUUCUUAGAAUUGCUUGGCCUUGACAGCCUCAAGCUCAGAGUUGAUAUGAAAGUGGCAAAUAUUAUUUUGAGCUACAGGUGUCAAAAUGAAGAUGCUCAGUACAGCUUUAUCAGAGAGUCUCUAGCUGAAAAAUUGUCUAAACUGGCUGCAGGUGAAAAGGCAACCAUAGGAGAACUACUUCUUCUCUUAGAAGAAGGUAUAUGGAACAGCAUUCAGCAACAGAAAAUAAAAAGGUUAUCCAGUGAAUCUAGCAAUCAAUGGGCAUUAGUGGUACAGUUUUGCAGGAUCCACAAUAUAAAACUGAGCACAUCAUACCUUAGAGAAUGUGCUAAAGCAAAUGAUUGGUUACAGUUCAUUAUUCAUUGCCAACUCCACAAUUACCACCCAGAGGAGGUGAAAUCUCUGCUCCAGUAUUUCAGCCCUGUCCUUCAAGACCACUUGACACUAGCUUUUGAGACAUUAUCCUCAGUGUCCAAUUCCAAAAUGGACUUUGAGCAAGUCUGCAACAGGUCUCCCCAGGAACUCCAGAGAAACAAAGAGAUCACUGAUUUCUUUGAAAUUCUGCUCCGGUGCUCAGAGGAGCCAAACUCCUGGUGCUGGCUACUGACUGAAGCAGUGAAACAACGGGCCCCUAUCCUUAGUGUCCUGGCCUCCUGUCUUCAGGAUGCCAGUGCCAUUCCUUGUCUCUGUGUUUGGAUCAUCACUUCUGUGGAGGAUAGUGUUGCAGCUGAAGCAAUGGGACACAUUCAGGGUUCAGUGGAGGGACACCCCUGGGACCUGGAAGACCUUGCAAUCAUCUGGAGAACAUUAUUAACAAGGCAGAAGAGCAAAACUCUCCUCAGAGGUUUCCAACUUUUCUGUAAGGAUUCCCCGUUACUGUUGAUGCUAGAGAUGUGUGAACUCUGUAUGUUCUUCAAGAACUAUAAGGAAGCUGAAGCUAAACUUCUGGAGUUCCAGAAGAGCCUUGAAACUCUUGAAACAUCAGACACGAGGGUUGACACUAUUAUCCCUACCCCAUGGCUGAAGACCCAGGUGUGUUUUCUUUUGAAGCUUAUGCUGCAGCAGUGCAGGACCCAGUAUGAGCUGGGAAAGCUCUUGCAGCUGUUUGUUGGAAUAGAACAUCUUUUCUUUGAUGGUCCAGAUGUGAAGAAGCUGUGUGCCCUUAGCCAAAUUUUGAAGGAUACAGCCAUAGCCAUUAAUGUUGUCAUUAUUACCAGCUACAGCCUUGAGAACUUUCAGCAUGAAUGUAGAUCUAUUUUGGAAAAGCUGGAGACAGAUGGGCAGUUUGCUUUGGCCAGGAGGGUAGCAGAAUUAGCUGAUUUACCUGUGGACAACUUGGUUAUUGAAGAGAUAACACAGGAAAUGCAGACCUUAAAACACAUUGACCAGUGGUCCCUGAAACAAGCAAGAAUUGAUUUCUGGAAAAAAUGCCACGAGAAUUUCAAGAAAAAUUCCAUUUCAAGCAAAGCAGCUUCUUCCUUUUUCUCAGCCCAGGCCCCUGUGGCAGGUGAGCACCCACCUGGAGAGGAACGGAGCAGCAGGGAGGAGCGCCAUUUGCUUCUCACCCUGGCAGGACACUGGCUUGCCCGGGAGGACCCGGUGCCUGUGGAGGAGCUGGAGGAGCUGGAGAAGCAGAUCUGGCUCUGCCGCAUCGCCCAACACUCACGGAGAGAAAAACAGGAGGAAACAGAGUCCACAUUUUCUCGACAGAUCUCAACAAGCGGUGAAAUUUCCUUUGAUAGCUUAGCGAGUGAACUUUCAUUCUCCAAGUUGGCUGCUCUGAACACAUCAAAAUACUUAGAACUUAAUGGUUUUCCAUCCAGAGAGACUCUUGAGAACAAACUAAAUUGGAAGGAGCAAGAGUCACUAAGCUUUUUGAUUGGGCGUCUACUGGAUGACAGCUGCGUGCAUGAAGCAAGUAGAGUGUGCCGGUAUUUUCAUUUCUAUAACGAGGAUGUUGCAUUGGUAUUGCACUGCAGAGCACUGGCUUCAGGAGACGCUAAUGUUAAUGACGUGCACCCAGAGAUCCGUGCUCUCCUAAAAACUGCUGAACACCUUGAGACAGAAGAAGAACCUAAUGUUCCUCUACGGAAAGUCCAAAGCACUUCAAGUUUGGAUAGUCAGUCCUUUGUGAUGCUGCCCCCCAGUGAUGAAGUGGUGACUCAUCUGGAAACUCUGACAAGCAAAUGCCUCCACGGGAAGAGCUACUGCCGGCAGGUCCUCUGCCUGUAUGAACUUGCCAAGGAGUUGGGCUGUUCCUACACAGAUGUCGCCAUCCAGGAUGGGGAGGCCAUGCUCCGGACGAUCUUAGCCUCCCAGAGGCCGGACCGAUGCAAGAGAGCCCAAGCCUUCAUCAGCGCCCAGGGCCUCGAGCCAGACACGGUGGCUGACCUUGUGGCCGAAGAGGUGACACGGGAGCUGCUGACCUCAUCAGAGGGAACAGGACACAGACAGAUGUUCACUCAAGCAGAGGAAAGCCAAACAUUUCUUCAGCUGACUGCUUUGUGUCAAGACCGCACAUUAGUAGGCAUGAAGUUGUUGGAAAAGAUUUCCUCUGUUCCUCAUGGGGAACUGGCUUGCACCACAGAGCUGCUGAUCCUGGCCCAUCACUGCUUCACACUGACGUGCCACAUGGAGGGCAUCAUCCGAGUCCUGCAGGCUGCCCGGCUGCUCACUGACAACCACUUAGCCCCUAACGAGGAAUACGGACUAGUGGUGCGUCUCCUCACUGGCAUUGGGAGGUACAAUGAGAUGACAUACAUAUUUGACUUGCUGCAUAAAAAGCACUACUUCGAAGUGCUAAUGAGGAAGAAGUUGGAUCCGAGUGGUACCCUGAAGACAGCCCUGCUGGAUUACAUCAAACGUUGCCGCCCUGGGGACAGUGAAAAGCACAACAUGAUCGCCCUGUGCUUCAGCAUGUGUCGGGAAAUUGGGGAGAACCACGAGGCAGCUGCCUGCAUCCAACUGAAACUGAUUGAGUCUCAACCCUGGGAGGACAGCCUCAAGGAUGGGUACCAACUGAAGCAGCUGCUGCUGAAAGCCCUGACUCUGAUGCUGGAUGCAGCAGAGAGUUAUGCCAAGGACUCUUGUGUGCGACAGGCCUUGCACUGUCACCGGCUGACUAAGCUGAUAACACUGCAGAUCCACUUCCUGAACAAUGGCCAGAACACAAUGCUUAUCAACUUGAGCCGCCACAGGCUGAUGGACUGUAUCAUGGCCCUACCUCGAUUCUACCAGGCUUCUAUUGUGGCUGAGGCCUAUGACUUUGCUCCUGAUUGGGCUGAAAUUCUAUACCAACAAGUGAUUAUUAAAGGAGACUUUAAUUAUUUGGAAGAAUUUAAGCAGCAAAGGUUAUUAAGAUCCAAUAUAUUUGAAGAAAUUUCAAAGAAAUACAAACAACAUCAGCCUACGGAAACGGUUGUGAAAAACCUGAAGAAAUUACUCACCUAUUGUGAAGACAUCUACUUGUAUUACAAGCUGGCAUACGAACACAAAUUUUAUGACAUUGUAAAUGUGCUGCUGAAGGACCCUCAAACAGGUUGCUGUCUAAAGGACAUGCUAGCAGCUUAGCUGGAUUCAGGUAAUAUGAGUGUGGUCACUGCCAAGAUUUCUUGGGUGCCUGUUUAACGGAAAGGAGGUACUGACAGAUGUUUAUGAUCAGAAUAGAAUAUACUAGUGACCUUUGAACAUACCGGUUCUUUGUGAAUAGUGGGUAAAGGAUGACAGAAUUUUCAUAAGGAAAUUCCUAUUUAAGUGUUUCACUUUUACCACUUUAUGUAGAUUUUGGUAUUGAGAGCCAAAGCUCCAUGUUCCUCAGGAUGGCUUCUCCUUUGAGAUAAAAUAUUAAGCAAAGAAUACCUGUGCCUGCAUAUUCCAGUUUCAAAGGAAUUUAAUAUUAUUUACACAGUUAAGGAACAGAUGAUACAUUUCCAUUUGUUAGAAACUGAUCUCUAUAAUAAAAUAGAUUUUAAAUUCAUUUAUGUCAUUAUUACUGCUAAGGAAAUCUUAGCCCUUGUCUGCCUUAAAAUAAUUUUUGUUAUAAUUAUUGCUGCGUAGCCACUGCUUUGUUAAUCAUUUAGAUGGUCCUGUCUUCCACUUAGUGGUCUACAGAGCUUUUUGGCUCCUAUUUCCUAUGUAAGAGAAAUUAAAAACACUUUAAGUCCUAUAGGUUCCUAUUUUGAUUGUGACAGUUAAAAAAAUAAAACUCCAACCACAAAUUUGGUUAAAUCACUUGAAAGACAAUAUAUAAUAUAAAGAUCAUCACCCAGUCUUUUUACAGCCAUAACCUGAGUUAUAAGCUCAAUUACUCCAAAUAAAUAGUUCUUUUAGUUAGGCCUUAGUACCUAAACAAAUCAUUUCCCCAAAUAAAUAAGAAAAAGGCAGUUCUAUAUACCAUUGUUGCUCAAGGGUAACACUAUUAAGGACCCAGCAAAUCAUUUUUGUUGUAAAGCUGUAACUACCUGCCAAGCAUUUACUAAGCAUUACAAGUAUUAGAGAACUGUAGUCCCAAGAGCUGUGUUCUAUAUUCUCCAAAAAUAUCUCUUGGGAGGUAACACAAAAUUUAAGUCCUCACAAUAGUGAUUUUAUUAAAUUAGUUGCUUUAUAAAACAUUGCAGAUGUCAUAAUUGUUAACAUAACAAUUUACCAAACUGUAGUUAACUGGUGCAGUUUGCUGAGCAUGUUUUAUAAAGGAAAGGAAAUGCCAAAACCCUGUUAAAGUUGUUCACUGCAGCCUAGGAGAACAAAGGAGAUUUGUUUCUCAGACACUUAAAAUCAGGCAAAUAAAACAGGUAAAGGGCUUCCCUCCCCCAUACGAAGCACUCCAUCAGUAGAAUAAUCUGAUAAAUAUAAAGAACUAGACAGUUUAUGCAGUCAAGAGUUUCCACAACUUAUAAUGCAGUAAUGGAGAGGUUUACCUUCAUCAGCUUCAAAGUUGGAGGAUUUUGGUCAUUUAAUUUUUAAGUUUCAAACUAGUGCUCUGUAGUCGUCGUAUCUUCACUCUGAGAUAAAAGUCUUCUUCACAAUGCAUUUUUAAUAUCCUCACGCUCAAUUUUAAGACAAAGCAAUUUUAAUACUAGGUGCACACCACAUGCCCUUGCUGCAAACUGCUUUUCUUGACAAGUUAUGAAGUAGUUCAAGGAGGUAUGGUUAAGGCUGUAUUACUGAAUGGUGCUGGUAAAUACUACACAAUUUUUGUCAUGUUGCAACCUUUGUUUCCAAUUUAGUAACUGCUGCUAUCAGAUAGCAACAAUGACAACAUUAUUAGGAUUGAUUUUAAAACUAUGAUUUAGUAGCAACUGAGGUUCCCAAUUUUAACCCCUUGGCAGCAAGAUCCAAGUUCCCUCAUUUGCACAUUAGCACCUAAGUGUCAAGGGGUUAAAUAACCAGCACAAAAGAUACUGCACUUCUGAUUGUAGCAUUUGGCAGAACUGAAAGGAAAGGAAGUUGUGCUACAUGUUGAAGGGAUUGUGGGCAACAGAAAGAAGACACCAGAAAAGGUAAAAUGUCACAUGAAGUCUUCAUAGUCUUGUACAUAUCCUCCAUCAUAACCACCAUAAUCUGCCAGAUCGUCUUUCAUGGUGGCCUUUAAUCCCCCUCCAGGAACCACACCUUUCUUCUUCUUUUUGGCUUUGCUUUGCUGAAGAUGAAAGAGAGUCAGUCAUGAGACUUUACGUUAUGGGCAUUUUAUCAGGUAUAGCAACCCCUAUGGACACACCAAAGCCUCUGUUCCCAGAAAAACUUUUGUCCUAUGAAAAAGUGCCCAGACCUUACCCACAAAUGUUCUAUUAAUUCAGCAAAGAAAAUCGUGACUAUGUCUGUAAUAAAAGAACGUAAUGGGGGGGGGGAGGGGCUCCCUGGUGGCACAGGGGUUAAAGAUAGCACUAUCAAGCUGUCUGCAGCCACUGUAGCAUGAAGUUUGAUCCCCUGGCCAGCCAGGGAGCAACCCACAUGGUGAAGCAGACCUCUCCUGCCUCCCCACAGCCGUAUAUUUCAGUAGAUCUAGCUGUUCUGCUCCCCACUCUCUCUGGUAAAUCUUCUCACUCCCUGCACCUCUGGCCUACACCCCAGCUCUUGUAUGCAUAAAUAAAUCAAUCCUAAAAAAACAAAAAGUAAUGGCAUUCACA